AUGAACGACUUCAUUCGUUCUUGUUUACGCAGCCACGUGCGUGAAUCAGUACGCUGGACUGUACAAAGGAAAAUUACACGCAAAGGCCUUUCGUCUCGAGGCAGCACGAGUUUCGUGGCAGUAAAGGCGGGUCAACUUCGUUCGACGUUUGUCGUGAGGCGAUCCGAACGGGGAUCAGAAGUUGAUGCCGUCGUGACCGAAGCCGGACCAUUUUCUGGAACAGGGCGCAUCCAUAUACUCGUGUAA